AUGGACAAAGAUUGCGAUAUGGUAUAUAAGAAUGUUUCUGACAUAUAUAAAUCUGAAGAAUUUAAGACCUACGACAACUUUGUUUCGUUAGCUGCUGAAUGUGUUUGGGAAAUAAGAGAUAAAGAUAGAAGAGGCAAAGUAUGGAACAAACAAAUAAGACCCGCUAUGUUUGAGAUGAAGAGAGCAAUUGACGCCUUAGUUGUUUUAGCAGGUAAGGUUUCAGAAUAUAACGCAAAAAUGAACCCGCAAUGUUCUAAAUGUAAAGCAGCAAUUAGGAAAUAUAACUACUCAGUCAAAGAGAUAGAAAGAAUGAGAAACGACUAUGCAGACUUAAAGAAAGAAGCAGAAAAGCCAGCAGAAGAUAAAAUGGACAUGUUAGAAUUUCUGAACAAAAACUAUCCAACUGCUGACGAUUUCCUAUUAUCUGACGUCAAGAAGAAGUAUAAAGAAACCUUCGGCAUAGUUAAAACAUUCGAUGUACUAAAAGAAGAAAUUGAAGCUACGAAACUGUUUAAAGUCAUGAACCAUCGCAACAUAUACCAUGUAAAACGCUUGUAA